AAGAAGCGACGUUCCCGAAACAAUGGGGAUUCUGUUCCAGCGUCUGGGAGGAAGCCUCCCAGAGCGGAACCGGAGUGCGUUAGGACUAUGUUCCGGGGGACAAUAAAGAGCGUUACCGACGCUGCUCAGCGGUUGCCGUGGCGACGCGAUAGGCCUGCAGGAGGAAGCCAGGCCUGGAAAGGAAGCCUCGUUUGAAACCCCGUCAAGAUUUCGGUGAGUCCUGUUGUGACCAGUCGGACAGACGGCUCCUUGGAGCAAUGAAGAACAGAUGGAGCUGAACUGGAACCAAAGCAGCUCAAUUCCGGAUUAUUCUGAGGAUACAUUUACAUCCUUCAGCGAAGAAGAAGAAACCUGCAGAGAAUAUGACAGUGACCCGUUCGCUUCCUAUUCCUCUGGGAAGGACUCCGAAUGGUCUGCUGCCUCGGAUUGGUCUGAAAACACUAAUCAGUCUUCAGGUCAAAACAGCGAAGUAAAGAAGAGAGACAUUUUGGAUCCAGCAGCAGCCAGGGAGUAUUUAACUAGCAAGUGGAUCAAUCGCCUGAACGUCUACAAAACUACAGCUGUGGUUGCCAGAUCUGCUGUGGAACCAGCUAAUGCACUGACGCGGAUUCCUGAGGCUUCGGAGGAAGAACUGGGAGCACUCCAAUCUUUCUGUGCUGUCAAGAUUAACUGGCUUCAUCAUCCGCCAAGUUUGGCACCACCAAAGAGGAGCAAGUAUAAGGAUCAGAGCCACAGACGCACUUCUGAGAAGUUGACGAUGGGUGAUAUCAACUGCAUUGUCCCUGAUCAGUUAGUGAACAGACUCUGUCUGAAAAAUAUCAAGGAGACCCUGAAACAGUUAUCAGUAAUCGAAAUACAUCAACCCUCACGGUGUCCACAAUGCAUGGAGAAAAGAGCAGAGCUGGCAGAAUCUGAUUUCCUCAGACGCAGGAAGGCCUUGAUGGAAAAGGUAUUGCUCCAAGAGAAACUGGAAGAAUAUAUGUACACCAGGGAUUCUCUCACCCUCAUUGGAGAAAUCCACCAGACCCUUCCUAAGCUUUCAGAUGAUCCAAGGCACAUAUGGCAGGGAUUGAAUGCUUGUGUGAUACCUCCUAGGCUUGUGUGGGUCAACCGAGGCAGAACACAGAUUCUGAAUCCACAUAAGUGAAUCCCUGGAGAUGAGAGGAGCCUUCCCAAUAUCAACAACCCAUUCUCUGGGCAAAUGUGUGUUAUCACUUGGGUCAGAAACUGUGAUCUCGUUCUUCAUUCCAUCCUGAUGCAAAAAAAAGAAAAAAAAGAAGAAGCUUAAUGCUAUAGCUGACCUUUCUUCCUCCCCACUGCCCCCAUUAUGGAAGGGGAAAGUAUUAUUAUUACAGCAAGCCUCUGGCAUUGUGAUUUUUUUUUUGUGAAUUUCCUUUUUGUAAUCUUAGAGCAACUCAAUGCUCCUGCUUCCAUCUGUAAGGAAAACAAAUGAUUAUCUUUUUCUCAAAGCAAGGAGGAGGUGUAAUGACUGGGUUUCAACCCAUUUGGUGCCUGCUCCCCCUUGUGAAAUGUAAAGCUUGGAGAGCUAAGUAGAUGAAAAGGGAGAGGAAUGGCGGGAGAGGGAAACGGGAGCAUGUGAGAUGGCUUCAAACAAGGACAAAUAUGUUGAGGAAUUAAUCUGAAACCCUGAUGAUUCCAAGGCAGCAAGCAGCGGCAUCAAAUUAAGAAGGUUGUUUGUGAAUACAGAAGCAAGAAUCCGACAUAAACAUAAUAAAAAUGUUGUCAUACUUA